AUGCGUUUAAUCAGAAUUUUGCAGGGCGGUACAAUAAAACAGCUGGUCAGAUUUUUAAAAGUUAAACAGAAUGAAGUGCAUAAGAAGACAGUUUUUGAAAUGGUCGGCGAAAAUGUGUUUAACAAUAUGAUGGCAGCUGUCGAAGGAAUCGCGGGUUAUCGUGGGCAGUAUUGGCAUUAUGUGAAGCCUUAUCUGAUGAGCAAUGCUAAAUCCGGAGCUGAUCGUCUUGUUGAUUAUCACGAACAUAUUCAGGUGAAGGAAGCUGUUCGCCAUUUGAAAGUCCAUGGCAGUUUUGUUGGCUUGGCGACUACACAAAGCAAGGCUAACCUCCAACAGAUGGAAGCGUCACACUUGGUUUCGGAUAAUGCGUAUGUGGAGAGCGGUUUAACUGGCGAUACAUUAAAACCAAAUGAUACAAAUGCGAAGAUGCCGCGCAAUGAAUCAAUUAGCGUCUUCCUGAGGGAGAAAUUCGACCAACUUAAUUCACCAGUCUCAUUCGGUGUGUAUAGCCGACACUUGUUGGAUGUCGACAAUACACCGCGCGCCGUUUUCAGAAGACAGGACGCUCUCCAUUUUAAAGAGCUCUCCUCAUUCAUUGAAGCAAAACCUCGAUUUUUGAUCACCAGUGAAGCGGACUCAGAUACGCCACCCAGUGCACCACGUCAUUUGACACGUAUGACUGCGGAGCCCGAUUCACAAGAAAUGCAUGAACCGGACAGUGUGAAGUGGUCAUUUUCAAAUGUGCUUCCACCUGGUGACGCAGACAUUGGUAAAUGA